UGCUAUGCUAUGCUAUGCUACGUUAGGCUACAUAAUAAGCUACGCUGUGCGACGCGGCGCGGCGUGCAGCAUGACUCGGCCGCGGCCGACUCGCUGCGAUCUGACACACAGAGAGAACAGAAACAGGAACAGAUACAGAUACGGACACGGACACAGGCACGGACACGGACACGAGCACAAAUACAGGCAACGGGCACAGACACAUGCGCAAAGAUAGCGUAGUAGGGAACGAUCCGUUCGGCGCGGCAAGGUGGGAGCGAGCUUGGCACCGACAAGUGAUCGUUUACAGUUAUAGUCAGUCCGGAUCGGGCGCUCGGUCAGCCGAGACUGCUUGUGCCAAGUGUAUCUGUAACCGAUCUCGAUUCGUCGAGCCGGUGUCGACGCGACGUCGUUUCUUCCACGCGGCCGUAUUCGCCGGCCAGGAUUUUCAGUGAAGUGUCUCCUCGUUACUUUCAACGUCCCUCUCCGACCCUCUCCGAAUCUCUCCGCUCCGUUCUCCCCAUGGCCUUAUCCGCGAUCUCCACGGCCGGCAGUUUAAAUCACCGGAGGAGAGCUGCGAAUUCUUGCGGGGCUCGAUCGAAUCGAAUCGAGCACAAUUAACGAUAGUGCGGCGGUCCGUCCGAGAAUCGAAGAUAAUUUGAUCGGAUGCCGGGCUUCCAGCGGGGAAUUCGACCGAGAGCCACCAGCCGAGACUCGCGCGUUCUUAUCGAUCCGUCCGGGUGGAGUAAACGGAAAGCUCCUGCAGAAAUAUCUCGAAGUGAAAGAAGCCGAAGUGCCGGCCGAGAAGGAAAGUGUGGUGCGUUGUAACAAAAAAAAACCGUCGGGGAACAACGGCGGCCGGAUUUAUUUGUGAAAUAUCAGCAGCAGCCAGCGGGAAGAAAAUCGAACAAUGCCAAUUGGAAAGUGUUGGAUUAUUUAAAGCGGAGAAAGGAAGGCAGCAGCGGCGGCGGCGGCGGCGGUGGCGGCGACACGCUCGCAUUCGGCGAGAGAAAAGUCAUCGGCCCUUGGUUGCGUUCGUGCGACGAAUUAAUUGGUUCGAUGGACACGUGGCGAAGAUAACCGCACGUAGCCUGCCCAGGACCGCCAACUUCCAAGGCGGUCUAAACCCAUAACUUUCCUUAGGAUAAUGCGAAGUCUGGAGAGGUUAUCAGGUAGCGAUCAAGACUACGAUCAGGAGAUGUACAUCGACCUGGACGACGCCUCCGUCGAUUCGCUUACCGGAAAACGAAGUCGACAUCAUGUCGUUAGCGCAGAGGUGGGCGAGGAGAGUGACAGUAGUGGUAGUGAAAGGAGCCCGAAACAAGCAAAGAGAAGAAAUCGUGGAGGACCUCCGACAACCAGAAGACGAAAAAGUGGGAUUUCUGCGCGAGAAAGGAACCUCAGGCGGCUCGAGAGCAACGAGAGAGAAAGAAUGAGAAUGCACUCCCUGAACGAUGCUUUCGAGCAACUGCGCGAGGUUAUACCGCAUGUAAAAAUGGAAAGGAAACUCAGUAAAAUAGAGACGCUCACACUGGCAAAGAAUUACAUAAUGGCCCUGACGAACGUCAUAUGUGAAAUGCGCGGUGAAGAGCAACCAUAUACAUUUGUCGACGGUGAGUGUGGCUCUAGUAGCGGCGACAGUACUGGUCAGCUGGAAUUAAGCGGUGGCGAGCAACCCGAGGAAGCAUCCCCAGCAUCGAUACACGAGACCAAUAAUAACAAUUUGCUGCACGAAGACUUAGAGCGCAGGAUACCGUAGCUUGCAUAAUUAUUCGUAAAACCUGAUCGAGCUUCGUUGGUAAAACUCGUCGUGCGUGUAUGUACGGAAAGGAAGAAGCGCGCGCGUUUGUGUGCCUGCCUGUAUCUGUGUGUCGAUUUCUGCGUGCUCGCGUGCGUGUAUGUGUUCGCGUGUGGUCGUGCGCCCGUGCUCGUGCAAUGUGGCAGACCGAUGUAUAAAUCGGUUCGAGAAGAAUGAACAUUUAAAAGAAUAUAAACACGGGAGAGAGAGAGAGAGAGAGAGAGAGAAAGAGACAAGUCAAAGUUCGAAAACUCAUCGAACCACACGUAGGAGAAGAAGAAGAGGACCAACGAAGCGUCGUCGGGCUCUGCUGAUGCGAAACCGUUGAAAAACCGUUUGAGACUUAUCGAAGAAGAUGCAAUUCGGCGUCUACGAAAUGAUCCGUCCAAGGUCAACCUCUGGAGAUCUUUCGAAGGCCAAUGAGAUGCAAGUUUGCCAGAGAAUUUAAAAAAGGACCGACUUCACGGGCAAUUAAGCCGAAGAAUUCCUUCCUUUUUUUCCUCGUUAUUUUGCUUGUUUUUCGAGUGACACGAACCGACGGUCCUUGAGACAUCCGAAAUUUUUGGACGGAAACUAUGUCAGCGUUAAACGACUUUUAUCGUACUCGCGCGAAUCGAUUAAUUGUCGUGACUUUACAUACCUUUUUGCAUAAGCUCCGGCCGAAUGAUAUAAACCAGUCGGCGUGCCUUGAUUCUUUGUGAAAACACGAUUUCAUCCGAAACUUCGGUCUCGAGACAAUCUGAUUUCAAAAUCCAUUUCGUUCGACUCGAGUCUCUAGUAUUCGACUUGUAACAUUUAUUCGGAUCGCGAACGAUGCUUUGCGAUAAUAGAGUGGCUAUUGCUACGUACGCUGAUCAUUGAUGCUCGGAUGCUCUUUCGAGGGGAAUAGCUUUCUUCAAACUUAGAUUUUUUGAAGAUGUUGGAAGGGCUACUUUACUAGAAUAAAUAUACUAAUAUCUGAAACAAUCUCUGCAAAAAUUGCAACUAUCUGCAACGACGAAAAGAAUUAUAUUUCUAUUAUAUAUUUAUUUACAUUAUGAUAUACAAUUUCACCCUAAUUCGCGCUCAGACUGGACAAUUUGAGAAGAGGAGAUACCGAAUCGCCAAUAUAUAUAUAAUAUAUAAUAAUAGUUAAUAUAUUCUCUUCGAAAGAGCGUCCGAACAUUGACGAGAGUCGAUAAAUAACAAGAAAAUAUUCAUCUUCUUCCUCGAAUCCAGAAAUUUUUAGAUGCACAUAUAUCGAAUUUUAACGGGAUAAUUAUUCAAAUUGAAUUUUUUCUAAACCGACGCCAGCAGACGGAACAAAUUUAUUCCGCGUUCUUUUUGAACUUUUCACAAGGAAUCGCUGUUGCCCGGCUCUGUGGACUCUGUACGAUAGAAUCGAGCAUGUCAGUCGAACGUCGGAAACGAACGAAGAAAGGCAAGCGCAAAAGUUAACGGAAUAGGUUUAAGAAAUGAAACCAUGACUUCGCCGUUUCUCGGUCUACGCUAAUUGUUUCAUUGAAAUUCGAACGACGGAGAGAGGCUGGCUUGAUUUUCGAAAGAUCUUGGUGAUGACAUCGAUAGAUCGGAUCGCAUCGACGACGAUAACGAUCAGUGUGACGCAGAAGUGUGAAAAACUGUGAUAAAAUUUCGUAUUAGAACCUCCGUUACACAUAAUUCCGUGCGUGAUGUCGUGCAAAAUACUUUUCUCUUUUUUUUUUGUAUUUCCUGUUGUGACGAUUGUUUACGGUGUACGAAUUGGACGGAAGCCGCUGAGAACGUUCGUUGCGUGGAGCGAUCGUAAAAAACGAUCGGGAUGCCGUCGAGCCGACGCGAACGACAACGCGAAACGGAUCGACGAUCACCGACCAAUGGAAAGGCGGAUCGAACGAAUCGAAGCGCGUACGAUCACGCUGAAAAGAAAAGAAAAGACAUCUCGGUUUCUCAACGAAAUCCGAACGUUCGGCGGGGGUCGCAGCUUCGAAAAAUCUCGUCGAUCGUUCUCGAACACGACUGUUCGGCACCACGAUUAAACGAUUAAGUAACGAUUUUUAAUGAAGAGUACAAUAUCUUUGAAUAUCAUUUUAUAGAUUGUAUUUUCGCGAGGUUCGCGAAUUUAAAGCAUUCAGUUGUCAAA